UCAGCGUCGUUAGGACACUCGUGUUUUUCCUUGCACCCAGGUGCUCUCUCGCUGCAUUCGUGUUUGACUUUGCCCUAUUCUUAAUGGCUUUGUCAAAGAUUUGACAUAGGAUCUACCAAUCUAAAAUCUUUUGCUUGAUGAUUUGACAUCAUACAAGCAUAUGUCUGUUUGACAUCCUCAGUGACGUCUGAAUUUUAACUUCCGGGGCAUGAGCUGGGUAACGACAAAUUAAAUCAAGUAAAGAUUUGAAAAGUAAAACCCCGGAUCCUCUUUUUUCUACUGUUAAUGAUCCAGCGUAUAGAUUAUUUAUAGGAUAGACAAAUGAAGGUCUGUAGGCUAUAUUGUUCUCAGAGCUCGAUUUAUGAAUCAUAAAUGCCAAUGGUAACUUCACAACACAGAGUAUGGCAAAUGUGUCGGAACAGUGUGAGGAAGAUACCUAUUUUGUUCGAGAACUAGAGAAAAAUGACGGCUCGGUUCUUAAAGUGAAUCAGUGCUUAAAAGGAGAUGUAGGCCACGUGGUAUGGGAUGCCGCGAUUGUUAUGGCGAAAUAUUUGGAAACAGAAGCAUUUUUAAAUUCAGGUACCGGAGUCAGUUCUUGGACUUCAAAAAAGGUACUUGAACUGGGAGCAGGCACUGGUAUUGUGGGACUUGUUGCAGCAACAUUAGGAGCCCAUGUGAUUUUAACUGAUCUGGACGACCUACAGCAUCUCCUCCAAAAGAACAUCGCAGAAAACCAGGCGUUGAUUACAGGUUCUGCCACUGCCAAAGUAUUAACAUGGGGUGAAGACCUCACUCAUUUCCUCCCUCCUCCUGAUGUGGUUCUGCUGGCAGACUGUAUCUACUAUGAACAGGUAUGUUUUGAUUCAGGGUAAACAAUUUGUAUGAUUCAUUUCACCAGACUAUUAAAACAACGUUUAUUGAUUUGGGCUUUCUGU